GAUGAGCGGCGAGGCUCCCCCGGGCCUGGAAGGCAGGGUCCGGAAAACCCUGCGGAAGGUCUUCGGGUUUGAGUCCUUCAAGACCUCCCUGCAGGAGAGCGCGACCAUGACUGUGGCAAGAGGAGAGAAGGAUGUCUUUGUAUGCAUGCCCACAGGGGCAGGGAAAUCCUUGUGCUACCAGCUUCCUGCAGUUCUGGCAGUGGGCAUCACCAUUGUCAUUUCACCUCUGAUUGCACUGAUUCAGGAUCAAGUGGAUCACUUGCUGGCUCUGAAGAUCAAAGCCUGCUCUCUGAACUCCAAGCUUUCUGCCCAGGAAAAGAAGACCAUCCUGGCUGACUUAGCAAGUGAGAAGCCCCAAGUAAAGCUCCUGUACAUCACCCCAGAGAUGGCAGCCGCCUCUUCCUUCCAACCUACGCUGAACUCCCUGGUGUCCCGAAACCUCUUGUCCUACCUGAUAAUCGAUGAAGCGCACUGCGUCUCCCAGUGGGGACACGACUUCCGACCCGACUACCUACGGCUGGGCACCCUGCGCACUCGCAUACCCAAUACGCCGUGCGUUGCCUUGACUGCCACCGCCACCAAGCAGGUCCAGGAGGACAUUGUGGCAGCGCUUAAGUUAAAGCAGCCGCUUUCCACGUUUAAGACUCCUUGCUUCAGAUCUAACUUGUUCUAUGAUGUGCAGUUCAAAGAGCUCUUGACGGAUCCAUAUGGCAACUUGAAGGAUUUCUGUCUGAAGGCGCUUGAAGUGAAGAACACCACUGGGGUGUACUCCGGUUGUGGCAUCGUGUACUGCAGGAUGAGGGAUGUGUGUGACCAGCUGGCCAUUGAGUUGUGCUACCGAGGGGUGAAAGCCAAGGCGUAUCACGCAGGACUCAAGGCAGCUGACAGGACUUCAAUCCAGAAUGAAUGGAUGGAGGAGAAGAUCCCUGUUAUUGUUGCAACCAUCAGUUUUGGAAUGGGAGUAGACAAAGCAAACGUCAGAUUUGUUGCCCACUGGAAUAUCGCUAAGUCAAUGGCUGGAUAUUACCAAGAGUCUGGCAGAGCUGGGAGAGAUGGGAAGCCAUCCUGCUGCCGCCUCUAUUACUCAAGGAAUGACCGGGAUCAAGUCAGCUUCCUGAUUAAGAAGGAGCUCUCUAACAUCCAGGAAAAAAAAGGCACCUUAAAAGAAUCUGACAAAGCAGCGAUGACAGCUUUUGAUGCCAUUGUGAACUUCUGCGAGGAGCUGGGAUGCCGCCAUGCCGCCAUAGCGAAGUACUUUGGCGAUGUCACCCCGCCGUGCAACAAGUGCUGUGAUUACUGCAAGAACCCAGCGGCAGUGAAACGGCAACUGGAGUCACUGGAGCGCUGCAGCAACAGCUGGAGCAAAACCUGCAUUGGGCCCGCGGGUUCCUCCUGGGAUGGCUAUGACCCAGAGCUGUACGAAGGCGGGCGGAGAGGUUGCAGAGGUUUUAGCAGGUAUGAUGAAGAAAGCAGUGGGAAUGGGGAGGAAGCCAAUGAAGAGAGUCGGAAACGGGAGUGGGACAAUUUCUACAAAAGGCAGAUGAGUCUGCGCAAAGGCAAAGAACCAGAAAAGGAAGAUUUUGUUCCUCCAAGUGCAGACUGCCCCUUGAAGGAUGCCUUCAGCAGGAGGAUCUCUAAGCUCACGGUGAAGGGACGGGAACACUGCUUGAAGAUGCUGGAAGAAGCUUUGAGCACCAAUCAAAAAGUUCCAGCAGCAGGAGGAAAAGGGUCAGACCCUCAGGCCUGUGCUGUGGAGCUGGAGUACGAAGCUUUCCGAACCAGUAAAAUGGCAAACUCAUACAAGGCAACUGUGCUAAAGAAGGUAGCAGAAAUCAACAAAGCCUCAAAACAGGGAGAGCUGUUCUCAGUCUUUGGGUCCGGAACUGGUGGCAAGAGCAGCUUAGAAACAAAAUCUGGGUCUGCAGCAGAAGAGGACGUCCUCCCCGCAUCCCAGGUGUACUCGUUCAAACCCAAGCGCGUGGGAGCAGGAUUUCCAAAGAAAUCCAGCUUGUUCCAGACAGCUUCAGAACUGCUGAAGGUCCAGGAGGAGAGCGAUGCAAAGCCUGUCAAAAAAGAAUUAGAUUGUCCAAACGGGCAAGACAACAGCAACUGCGGUCUGGAACUGGACACCAGAAACCCUGUUCUCCAGAAGAAAGAAAUAGCAACCAAAGCACUGUGUGAGAGUGCUGGGGUAGAAGUACUCCUUCCUGAAAAGAGGGGACAGCAACCCAGUCCAGACGCAAAAGCUGCCCUUUGCAAUAGCCCUACUAAGAAGUCCAAACCUAGCAAGAAGCAGCAAAUGCUCGCAGAAGCGGCCAAAAAAGAAUCACAGGACAUUUCCAAAUUCUUCUCCCUCCCCAAAGGUGGGUCUAAAGCCAAAAGUUGCAGCUCAGCAAAGGAAGAUGGCUAUUCUGCAAGCACACUACCUCAGGUUUCUUCUCAAAGCAUGUGUCAAGAGAAAUCAAUACCUCAGGAAAACAAAGAUGUCUCUGGAGAAGAUGUGACUGGACAGUCCCAGGCAGAGAAUGAGGAGCUGGGAGAGACAGCAGUAACACUGACUGAGAGAGAGGAGGAUUUGAAGACCCAGCAGGCUGCUGAAUCUGAACUCCUUCAGGAAGAAAUUGCUGUAAAAUCCAGGGUUGCUGAAAAUGUCGCAGAAACUGAGCUAACUGUUGUUGGGGAAGGUGAGUGUGGGAAGCGACCAGGAUCAGAUGAGGAUCUGGAAAGCCCUGCAACAAAGCGGCUACGGACAGUGGCAAAAUCUUCUAUUCUGUCCCAGCCAGAAUGCAAAAGCGUUGGUCCAACAAAGAAGAAGGUGACUUUUGAUCCAAACUUAUCACAGUGUGAUAAAGAAGGAACCAGCAAGACCGUACAGCCAAUGACCAAAGGCGUCUCCCUCAAAGAAACAGCAGACAUCGUUGUCAAAUAUCUGACCCCAUUCUACAAGGGUGGCAAAUUUGCUUCCAAGGAUCUGUUCAAGGGCUUUGCUCGGCACCUGUCUCACUUACUGACUGAAGAGCAGAACCCUGCCCGCAAGACUGUGAAGGAGGAAGCGCAGAGACUCAUCAAGGAGUUUUUCAAAGCAAGGGUCAGGUGCGAGAGUGAGACAGACUGGCAGGAGCUGCAGAGCUCAGAGAGCUGA